AUGUCAGAAAACAACCCAUCCCAACUCACCCCCCUAGACCGCGUCCUCUCCCCCCCUCUAAACCUCCACCCCCCAAACACCCCAUCAACGCUCUACCCAUCCGCCCUCACGUACUUCACCUCCAUCCCCUGGUGCGCGAACCUCCUCCUCAGCGAAACAUCCCCCCACGGCAUCGGCCCCGCCAUCCCCUUCAUCCCACAAUGCUUCAACCCCAUGUCCCCCCAGCACGACCAAUUCGUCGGCGCAACGCUCGCCAACCCCCGCGGUCUACGGCACGUGCUCUCCUUCUUCCGGCCCGACGAUGAGACGCACCUCCGCGAUCCAGCACGGCCCAUCACGCGCGUGGACACGCUGUUUGCCGUGGGCGAGGGGCUAAGCGGGUAUCACAACAUUAUCCACGGGGGCAUGACGAUGACAAUGGUGGAUGAGGCGAUGGGCACGGUGAACGAGAUCAACACGGCGCUGGGGAAGGACGGGCUGGUGCACAAGCUGAGUAGUGUGACGGCGAGUCUGGAGAUUAAGUUUCUGAGGCCGGUGCCGGUGCCGGGCGUGGUGUGGAUUACGUCGUGGACGGAGAGUAUUGACGGGCGGAAGACGAGGAUGAGGUGUGAGGUGAAGGAUGGGGAGGGGGCGGUUUUGGCGAAAUGUGCGAGUACGUGGGUUGCUUUGAAGGCGAAUUUAUAA